GAUAAUAAUAAUCAAAUUCCUUGGCGAGGUUCCUUCUUAAUAAGUUUAUGUUUAUAGCGUAUACAUUUAAAAAAGAGACAAUCUCGACUUCCUUAAUUUUAUAUCAACAAAUGAAUUAAUGAGCAAUAGUAACUAUUCCUACAAUGAAUUUAGUACAACAAGUUAGGUACUUAACAAAAUUUCAAUCACAAAGGCGUGUUGUAGUUACCGGUUUAGGUGUCGUUUCUCCUAUUGGAACUGGAACUAAAUUAGUUUGGGACAAUCUAUUGAAAGGACAUUGCGGUAUUGUUUGUCUUCAGGAGGAAGAUUACAAAAAACUGCCAUGCAGAAUAGCUGGAUUGAUUUCAAAACAAGAUGAUGACAUCCAAAAAGCAUUGUCGAAGGCUAAUUUAAAAUCUAUGGCACCGGCUACAUGUCUGGCACUUGUAGCUACAGCAGAGGCAUUAGUUGAUUCUAAAUGGUUUCCUGAAUCUGAUAGAGAAAAAGAAAUUACAGGAGUAGCUUUAGGAAUGGGAAUGAUAGAUCUGAAGGAUGUUUGUGAUACAAAUGAGGCAUUAAAAAUAGGUUAUAAUAAAGUAAGUCCUUUUUUUGUUCCAAGAAUCUUACCAAAUAUGGCAGCUGGUCAAAUAAGUAUAAAAUAUGGCUUUCGUGGGCCAAACCAUUCGGUAUCUACAGCUUGUGCCACUGGAGCACAUUCAAUUGGAGAUGCAUAUAGAUUUAUUAAAUAUGGAGAUGCUGAUGUUAUGGUAUGUGGUGGUGCUGAAUCCUGUAUAAGUCCUUUAGCCAUUGCUGGUUUUUGUCGCUUGCGGGCACUAAGCACAUCCUUUAAUGAUGAACCUGAAAAAGCAUCUAGGCCUUUUGACCAAAAGCGUGAUGGUUUUGUAAUGGGAGAAGGAGCAGCGGUGUUAGUCUUAGAAGAGUAUGAGCAUGCAUUAAGAAGAAAUGCUAAAAUAUAUGCUGAAAUUUUAGGUUAUGGCCUGUCAGGUGAUGGAUCACAUAUAACAGCCCCCAGAGAGGAUGGAAGUGGUGCAAUAUUAUCAAUGAGUAGAGCUCUGCAAGAUGCCAAUAUUACAAAAAAUGAAAUCACUUAUGUCAAUGCUCAUGCCACAUCCACACCAAUAGGAGAUGGCAUUGAAUCAACUGCUAUAAAGAAACUUUUCGGUGAACACAGUUCUAAAAUAUCUGUGUCUUCUACUAAAGGGGCACAUGGGCAUCUUCUUGGUGCCGCUGGAAAUUUAGAGGCUGUUUUUACUAUUUUGGCAUGUCACCAUGGUGUUAUACCUCCUACAUUGAAUUUAGAAAACCCUGUUGAUGAUUUAAACUAUGUCACCAAAGUACCAGAGAAAUGGCACACAGAAAGAAGAGUUGCACUUAAAAAUUCAUUCGGAUUUGGUGGGACCAAUGCAACUCUUUGUAUUGCGCAAAUAUGAAUGUUUUGA